AUGACCAGUGCGUAUUUCAGUGAAAUCCAUAACCUUUUAGAUGAACACCAGAAGGGCGUGAAGACUAUCGCUCAGCUGAAGGCAGAGAAGGCCGACCUGAAGGAGCAUGUGGAGACCCUGCGAGGAUCAAUGCAGAAGAUGAUGAACCUUCUCUCUGAGAGUCACCGGACGUGUGACGAGCUAAUGACAAAAUAUAUGCGAGACCUGGAGGUGUACAGCCUACACAAGUUCAGUUAUGAUGAAAUGGGGGAGACUCUGGCGCAUAACGAGAAGUUCCUGAUGGACUCCCCAGUCGAGGCUGACCUGAGAGACCAGGUAGAGACCCUGCGAGGGACAAUGCAGGACACGAGGGUCCUGCACUCUGGGCCUUACUGGGAUUUUAAAGAGCUACAGAAAGAGUAUGAACAAGAGCAGGAAGCUCAGAGUCUGCUGAUGGACAAGUAUGGUGAGACAAAGACUUCAUCUUUGGAAAAGUUACUGAAGAAUGACGUGGUUGAGGCAGAGGAGGAACAGACAUCAGUGGGGUGGAGAUCACAGAGGAGUCUGACCCGAUGGGAUGGACCAGCUGGAGACCCUGUGAGCGUCCGUUCAGGAGACGGGGGACCUGAUGUCUGAGACACAGCAGGAAAAACCUCAUGGCAUUGGACAGCUGCUUUGAUUAUGAAUUAUAUAUUCAUGUUUGUUUUUAUAUGAAUAGAGAGCUGUGAUGCAUGCUAACAUUACGAAUGUGAGGUGAGUUUGAGCCAGUUUUCAACAAUGUGUGUUUUAGUAGUGUGUGUGUGUGAGUGAUAGCAGAAGGUUCUCUCCAGGUCCUCCAGGUAGACAACAAUGAGAUGAAGAAACACGAAAAAUCUCAUGCGUUAUUUUUAUACUGUACCUAUACUUUAAAUACUUCAGCGCUAGAGUGAUUCA